ACUCCCACUCAGUUGUUUUAUUCAUCGAGGCUGUUGUACUCUCAUAUCGUUUUAACAAGUGGCAUAAACCAGAGACAUAGAGGAAUCAUCUGGACUGAACACAAAACAUGUCAAAUACUGCAAAUUUUCAUGCUUCUGGAACAAACCACUGGGGUGGCCCGAGUGCUAGUGGCUCGCUGGGAACAUCACUGAGUGACACCUUUGGACAAUCGAGGACACAUUAUCAAGCUGGAUACAUGAUGUCUGCCGCGCAAAACAGCCCUUUGUCACAAAGCAGUCAACGCGUCGACGAGAUUCCAACGAUACAGACCAAAGCCAAGCUAAAUCAUGGUCUCACUCGCGUACCUAACUUUGGCAUGGAAUCUAUGUUCGAAGGCAAAAGACAACGACAAGCGAUUGCUGACGAAGAUGCACCCCCUACCAACUCCAUAAACGAGAUUCCUCAAGAGUUACCUUUCUAUGCUGAGAGAGGUGUACCAAGAAACGUUGCGAUGGACAGCCCUUUCAAUGGCUCUACGUCUCGGUCGCCCACAGCCCCUCAACAACACCAAACCCACUAUAUCAUCGUUUUUGGUUAUCCUCACGACAAGUACAACGUGACAGUUGACUAUUUCAAGUCUAUGGGCGAUGCUACAGACCCCGAACCAAACACAGAGAUUGUGAACUGUUUUCGAAUUGGUUAUAGAGAUCCUGGGGAAGCCCUGAGAGCUGUGCGCAGAAAUGGCGAAGUUCUUUCUGGCAGCUGGAUGGUGGGUGUGAAGUGGGCGGACCCAGCACAAGCUGAGGCAAUGCUUGGGCGCUCGUCGGGGUUCGCUUCCGUCUUCUCUUCACCACCUGCCGAUUAUUUCCCGUCGCAAGGUUCCUCUAAUUCCAUGGCAGUCGAUACUUCUCCUCAAAAAUCAAACUCUAUCGCCACACCUGCGGUGGGGACGCCAAUCAGACUUGCACCAUCUGUCGCAGCGUUCCGUAAAGGGGGAUCGAAUCUUUCACCAGCACCAAAGCAACAGCAAGGUGGUGCCCAAGGCACUCCCCUGGCACCAGGGGCAAAUAUGCCUAGUGCUCUUAAUGGCCAAUCUCCUUCCAAAGGGAUGAUAGGACAGGUGUCUGAUCUUAUCUUCGGAUGGUGAGAGUUUACCACGAGAUUUGCUUGGGCUAGGAGGAUAUUCCGCCUAUUACUAUAAACUAAAUAGUUGUAGCUG